AUGGAUUACUUCGAGGACAAUCCCUAUGGUCUCAACUAUGACGAUAUUCUCACUUCCAUGAUGUCGGGGGAGGAGGCGGACUUCCACCAGUUCGACUACGGCGACGGUGAAGAUUGGGAAGACAAAGCCGUUAGAUGGGCUUCGCAACCCUACCCGCCCCUCUCCUCUUUGUGGUGGGGGGACUUGUGCUCCUUCGCCCAGAACAUCCUCCUUCAGGUUCUCCCCAAUAUGCUGUUCAGCCUGACCCUCUGCCUACUGUGGCGAAUCUCCUUCUUGCUGCUGACCCGUUGUCCGCCCCAACGUGAUGAAGGAAACCCUCCGCAUUCUAAGCGUCAGCGUAAGAACUGCGGCAGGGUGAAAUGUUGUUCAGCAAUUUCUCGUAGUCCAGCAACCCCCAGUGUGGGGCCUAAGCUGCCUGGUUGCUUACCUUAA